AUGUCGCUCCCCAUCCGCUCCGCCACCGUCGAGCGCAUCACAAACGAGACCAAGAUCAAGUGCUCGCUCAGCCUCGACGUCGAUGCCGCGUCGGCCAAGCAGGAGAUCGACGUGCAGACGGGCAUCGGCUUCCUCGACCACAUGCUGCAUGCGCUCGCCAAGCACGGCGGCAUGUCGCUCUCCCUCACGUGCGCCGGCGACCUGCACAUCGACGACCACCACACGGCGGAAGACUGUGCCUUGGCGCUCGGCGAGGCCUUCAAGGCCGCCCUCGGUCCCGUGCGCGGUAUCCGCCGGUAUGGCACUGGCCAUGCCCCGCUGGAUGAGGCUCUCUCGCGCGCCGUGAUCGACAUUUCCUCGCGGCCCUACUGCGUCGCCGAGCUCGGCCUCAAGCGCGAGAAGAUCGGCGAACUCAGCUGCGAAAUGAUCCCGCACGUCUUCCACUCGUUUGCCAUGGCCGCAGGCGUCACGCUGCACGUCGACUGCUUGCGCGGUGACAAUGACCACCACCGCGCAGAGAGCGCUUUCAAGGCGCUCGCUCUCGCCAUCCGUGAGGCAGUGACGCGCACGGGACGCGAUGAUGUGCCGUCGACGAAGGGUGUGCUGUAG